GUCGCAUUCGCUGGGCCAGUUUAAGUUCUCACUCUGGUGUCUGGUGGUGUUUUCUUCAGAUCGACGUCAUCAUCCCAACCUAUCCGUGGUCUCCGUGGGUAGUCACCUGAGGCUGUGGGAGACGGGCACUUUGGCAGGGGACUUGACGUGUUUGGACUUUCGACUGGAUUGAAAGAGCCGCGGCAUAACGACUAAAAGGGCAUCCUCUUGAGGGGUGGAUUUGGCUCAGACUGGGUUCGAGAAGACAGAUUGAAUGCCAGGUCCAACGUUCCCGCCUGCGCAGGUAAAAAAGGCUUGGCGAAUCGCGGGCGGUGCUCCUCAUCUCCUGCCGUUAUCAAACUGCAAAUGCUUCAUGAAAUCCAUUCCAACCACCCUCUAACUGAUUGUCUUUCUCUUGAGUGCCUCUAGCCUACAGUCUCAAACUUUUUGUCUCUCCUUCGUAUCCCCAUUGUACACCGUCGUCUAGAGACCCUCGACCAUGAGCAGUGCGGAAGUUGCUGCUCUCGAAGGCGAAGUGAAGGAAUACAAACUACAACUGGAAACGGUCCAGCUGAGUCUGCAGAAUGACCCGGAUAACAGCGAAUUGCAGAGUCUCAGACAAGAACUUGAAGAAGUCAUUUCCCUUACCGAAUCUGCCAUUGCAGAACUAAAGCCUCCAUCAGCACCCGCUCCGCCUGCGCAGCCUGCGACGCCGCCAGUGAAAGAAAAAUGGUCUAAAGAGAACCACCCUGCGUACCAGGCGGGUUACCGAAAGCCAGAGGUCGAGUCGGAAGAAACAAGCAGUCCCACGGCUUUCGCUGUCAACGACACGGUCUCGGCCAGAUGGAAAUCCGGCGAUGGUGGAUACUAUACAGCGCGCAUCACAUCCAUCACAGGCUCAUCCAGUGACCCAGUCUACCUCGUAACAUUCAAAAACUACGGCAAUACAGAAACACUCAAAGCGAAGGACAUCAAGCCGUUGACCAAUGAAGCCAGGAAGCGCAAGGCUGAUGGAAUGUCAGGAUCAUCCACCCCAGUCUCUCCGCCAUCGAAUCCGAAUGUCAUCUCGGCUGCCGCCAGCGUCGAUCCCGCUCUCGCGCAACAGGCCCGCCGUGAACCAAGCAAAGUCAGCGACGGGCCCAUUCGACCAGCGAAGAUACCUCGCAAAGUCAAGGCAAACAAGGAGCUGGAAGCCGGUAAAUCAAAAUGGCAAGAUUUUGCGGCCAAGAGCAAGGCUGGGAAGAUGACCAAGAAGGAUAGCAUGUUCCGCACAGGCGAAAGUGUUAAAGCUAGAGUGGGCUUUACCGGCAGUGGCCAUGAGAUGCGCAAAGAUCCUGCGAGAACACGACACAUUUACCAGCAAGGGACCCAAGAUGAAUGAAGAUGACUUUGGGAGGCCAUCUUGAAUCUGUCUUUGCCCAGUAUCUAUCUUGCUUGCUUUCAGCGUUCAUGGGUUUUAUGAGGCAAACGCUGACGGGAAGGCAAAUUGCAGAUUCAGCCAUCACCUCCACGGGCGAUGUACGGGACGGGCCUGGCGUAGAUUUAUCACGAGACAAGUAUCUUCCUUGUUGGUAUUAUGACAGUCUCUGACCUAUGGAUUUCUCCUUUGCAGGAUAGCAACUCGGCAUUGACGCUGAGUUCUACUGAUGACUGCCACAGCUAACGGAAUUGUCACAUACCGUCAGCUGUCCUUGAUUCUCACCGAGAUUGCGCAUCCUGCAUAAAUACCCAUUACAUUAGCCAUGCUAGGCGUCGCGGGAAUCCAGAAUUGGCCUUUCUCGUGUGCUGGGGCAUUAUAUCGCACUCUGCCAUGCACUGUUCUUGAGGGAUGCUUUGGUAAACGCAAGCCUAGCUGCUGGUUCUCGCUUCAUGAGCCAGAGGUUCAUGUUAGCUUGCAUAUGGUUUUCCAAAGGCCGCGCCCUCUUCGUAUCUGCAGGCCCGUUCUCUUGCGCAGGAGAUGUUUGCUGCCUACAGGUUCACGGGCUGUGCAUAUCAUGUCUUAUGUUUGAGGCACAGUCGGUCCGGUCGUCCAGCAUAUGCGCUCCUGAUCUGAGUAGAUGUGGGCGUAAACAGUAUCCUCUUGUUCAUAAUCCACCCUGAAUUCUAAAGCUGCUCACGAC